AUGCAGGUGCGUCAGAUUCUCUUCUACGCUUUCAUCGUCGUGACGUUCAUCUGGGGCUGCGUGGCUCCUCGGACAAGGCCUCAGAAGUAUCCCGGAUCAAGGGGCACCGUCUCUAAGGGUAGAGCCACCGAACGAGUCCAGGAGUUCAUCACGCGAUUGUCGCAACAGACUCGCAUUCCUCCUCGUCCCUAUAAGGUCUGGCUGGAUGUCAAUGGCGCUGAAGAGCUAGAAAAGAUCCUCUCCGAUCUCCUCUUCGAUGAGGGCCGGAACACGAAUCCCAAAGUGCUCUCGUUGGGGACCGACAAUGAUGGCGCACAUCUCGCAGUCUCCAUCGUCAAGCCGAAUCCUGACGCUGCCGCGGUCCUUGCUGGCCGCCUCGCCAUGAGAUCCAAGGGCUGGGAAACUCGCAGAGGUCUUGUUCUCAUGCAUCUCAGAUCCAACAAAGCCCCCUCGAUCGUGGGUUGGCUCAGAUUCAAGAACCACAAUGGGGCGAGUCAGCUGGAAAAAGCGCAAGGUAUGAUCAGCUUCGAAGACCUCGAGCGGCUGCAUGGGCUCACCGGCAUCAUCAAGCCGAUCUAG